CACGGUUAUUUGUGAACUCUGACAUGAUAGAGAGAGCCACAAUGAGCUUUUUUGUGUUUGGGCAUGCUGAGUUUUUGUGUAUGACAUUGAUGUGUUGAAGAGACCUGUGUUUACUAUGCCAAUGUGGAUUGGUGUGUGUGGUGUCAUUUUCUCCCACGCCUUACAUAAGAAUGCUAAACAAAGGUGUCCCCAUUUAUCCCUCCAGAUUUUCUUCAAUUCUCCUGAUAUUUCAUCCAGAUAUUUGUGAUUCUGAAGAACUAAAAAGCUGUUUUUUUAAUGUGUCUUACGUUUUUGGGGAAACCAGACUAAAUUUCUUUUUGCAACAUUUUUUGUAGCUCACGUUUGAAUGCAUUUUGACAGUUAUGACAUUCGAUUGCAUACUUUGGUAUCUCUGGGCGUAUUUGACAUUGUUGAGAUGUUUUCUGAAACUGUUAACAUGUGUCUUCAAGAUUUGGGUUAGCAACUAAAAGGUUGCAGGUUCAAUAGAAAGAGAGUGUCAAAGUAAAGAAGGUUGUGGCAUAAUCUCCUCCCACUCAUUUAAUUACCCCUCCCUUUCAUUCUCACUGGACCUUCCCCCUAAGACUUACUGGUUGCCUUCAGAUAUCUGUGUAACUCCCACCCCCUUCCCUCCUUAUAUUUCCCUCAAACAAUCCAAACGGCAGAAGUCAGCUGCAGCCUGCUGUAUAACGCUCUCUAUCUCACUUUUUCUCUCCCUACAUCUCGUUCCCUCUGCUACAGGUGGGAGAAGUCCAACGCCAGCCAUUUACAUAGCACCUCUCCCCACUGGUCUUAACAGGGGCUCCAUGUCAUAGAAUUGAAAACAUCAUAAUAAGAAAACAAAUUUGCGGUCUUUUGAAAGAACACCGACCCCAGCUAAUCUUACCUGAUCUGGCAUUCCAAGACAGGAAAAAUGAGUUUUGAUGAGGUCCUGGACCGGAUCGGUGGGUUUGGACGCUUCCAGAAGACACUUUAUGUAUGGAUCUGCCUACCGCAAAUCUUCCUGGCCUUCCACAUGUUGGUGUCGGUUUUCACUGGUGCCGUGCCACCUCACCUGUGCAGAUCCUCCCAGCCAGUGGGUGAUGCUCCCUGGCUGGGCCUUAACAACAGCAAUGCUUCUUGGGAGACCUGCUCAUCCUUACAGAAUGUCCAACUGUCCCAGCUCAAUCACAGUGACCUCAGCUUACCAAUAAGUGAACACUCAACGACCUCAAAGAGCUGCAAGGGAGGGUGGGAGUUCAGCAAGGAUGUCUUUCUUAGCACUGUUGUCACAGAGUGGGAUCUUGUGUGUGAAAAUGCCACGUUAAACAACAUUGGCUCUUCUAUCUAUAUGUUUGGACUGCUGGUUGGAGCUGUGCUGUUUGGUGCCCUUGCUGAUAAGUAUGGCCGCAAAAUAAUCAUACUGAUCGGGUUAGCGGCACAGGUCAUCUUUGGAGUGGGUGCAGCUUUCGCUCCAAAUUUCUACAUCUAUGUCAUGCUUCGCUUUGUGGUGGGCAUGACUGUGUCUGCAGUGAUCAUGAAUGCAUUUGUGUUGGGUACUGAGUGGACAGGCCCCAAACAACGCAUGCUGGCAGGUGUCAUCACAGAUUACUUUUUUGGAUUUGGAUACAUUUUGCUGGCUGGAGUGGCAUACUUGAUUCCAGACUGGCGUAAACUGCAGCUGGCCAUCUCUGCCCCUGGCUUCCUUUUCCUGUUUUACAUCUGGGUUCUUCCUAAAUCUGCUCGUUGGCUGAUGGCCAAUCAGAAGCAUGAGGAAGCACUGGAUCUGAUUCAUAAGGCAGCACUUAUUAAUGGCAAACCUCUGGGCGACGAUGACAUUGAACUUUUCCAGAGCCUAAAAAAGGGAGAGAAACUGGAAGACCAGCGAAAGUACACAGUCAUCGAUCUGGUUCGAACACCCACAAUGAGAAAACAGUCUCUCAUUCUCUUCUACCUGUGGUUUGUAAAUGUCCUGGUGUAUUAUGGGCUGUCGCUCAAUAUUUCAGACUUUGAUAUGAAUAUCUACUUGACGCAGAUGAUCUUUGGUUUAGUAGAGAUGCCAGCACGGACCGUUACUCUUUUUACUCUAAACCGCUCUCGCAGGAUAUCCCAGCUAGCAUUCUUGGCAACAGGUGGCCUGGCCUGCCUUCUCACCAUAUUCAUACCGGAUGAUCUGUCUGUUGUUCGCACUGCUCUUGCCAUGGUGGGCAAAUUUGGCAUCACUGCCUCAUUGUCGAUUGUGUACAUCUACUCAGCAGAGGUCUUUCCAACCGUCAUCAGACAAAACGGCAUAGGUAUGGGAUCAAUGUGCGCUCGGGCAGGUGGAGUGAUUGCACCCGUCAUCUACCUCUUGAGGAACAGCAGCCAUCAUGCCCCUAUGGUGGUGUUUGGCCUGUGCCCACUGAUAGGUGCUGCCCUCACUAUGUUUUUGCCCGAGACAGCCCAUAAGCCCCUGCCAGACUCAAUAGAGGAUGUGGAGCGCACUGGUGACAGUGAAGCGUGAUCCAAGCAGAAAUCCAUCAUCAACAUCUCUGCAACUAGUCUACAUUAGACUGUCUCCAACAGCCAUUUCAGAAAGCAAAGAUUUUUUUAUCUGUCAUUUCUUUUUUUCUCAGAAGUACUUGAAUAUAGUCAGGAAAAUAUCCACCCAGAUCCAGCGGCAAUAGAACAGGGCUAUACAGUAUUACCAUGUAUUACCCACAUUAGCCUUAAAGACCAAUUUGGGGUUAUUGCAAUAUAAUUUACAUUUCUAUCAUCUAUCAUUUUUGUUGUCCUCAUUCGAAGCAAAAUGAACAGUAGCUUUAUUUCAGGUUCUUAAAUAUUUCAUGUGAUCUUACCAUCUAGUCCUUGCCAUCCAUGUUUAUUUGGUGAUUUUUAAAAACAUUUUAAGCCUUAAAAAAGCCUCAUACCCAUUUUAGCAAUAUACACAUUUUACAGAGGUUAGUGGUUACAGUUUAAUGUUCAAGUUCUAUUUAUAUAAAGGGGAUUAUUACAACAAAAUGUGAAGGUUUCAGAUUUUCACAUCUAAUGUAAACCCCCGCUUCUAUUCUGCCAAAGGGAUAAUCACAUCAAUGGUUAAUAUUACUUUGUGUUUUGACUGGAAAAACCUCAUUUGUAUACAUUUGUUUUUACAGUUAUGUAAUAAAAGUUCUGUAAAAGCUUGUUAUUUAACAUUUUUACACAAUUUACAAAAUAAAGUAUUUUCCAU